UUUCUUAUUAUUAAACUUAGAUUUUUUUCGAAAAUUAAAAAAUGUCUGUAAUUCCUCAUUUUCGGUUAAAAAAACUAAGAGUAAAGCCCCAAAGAAAUCGCACAAUUAGCCCAUGUAUGACCGAAAUGAGUGCAAUGCUUGGAUGUUGGGCAACUCAUGGAGGUGAACCUGAUGUAAUAGCCUGUAAAGCUUUUGUAGAUGCUUUAGAAAAUUGUAUGAAAGAAAAGACUCAAAAAAUUCAAACAGUCAAUACGAUUAAUUAUCAUCUUUCGCGCUUGAAAAAAUGGUUGUAAAAUGUAAAAUUAUGUAAAAUAAUAGCAUCUUAUUAUUAACACUA